AUGAAGUUAGAUUUAAUAUUAAACAUAACUAAAACAGAUAUACCCAAUAUUGAUAUAUCAUAUACUCUUAAUAUUUUACAGACCCAUCUUACUAUUCUGUGUAAUGUUCUGCCUCAAAAUUAUAAUUAUAUUAUUGAUUCAUUUGAAGCAGCUCAACCUUAUAACUUUUUAGGCAUACAGGAAGAACCAUUCAAGUUAAAAUUUAGUAUAAAUACUUGUACAAUUGAUAGUACCAAGACUUGUUUACAACUACAAAACAAGUAUAAUACUCAUCUAUACAUAGUAUUCAUGUUGUUUCAUCAUAAUCAUCCUCUCAUAUCAGGACAUGUUACAGGCUUUUAUUCUGUAUCUAAUGAGACAAAACAAGCAUUCUAUGAACUUUUUCAUAUUGGACAUAAUCCAGCUAGUGCAUAUCACACAUAUUUAGAAGAAAUGCAAUUGAAAUAUGAAAAUGACAAGGAGAUUCUGGCAGAUAGGACUAUUUGCCCAUACAAAUAUAAUGUUUAUUAUCUUCAUGAAAAAUUUCUUAAUAUAUUUGUUAAUGCAAAAAAUAAAAAAGAGAUGUUUAGUUGUUUGGCUAAGAAGGUUACAAAAUUUAAUUAUAAUAAAAAAGAAAGUGCCUGGAUGCAGCCUUAUGUUGCUUCAAUGGAGACUGAUUCUGGUCAACCAUUUAUUCUUAUUAUUUUAACUAAUCUAAUGAAGCACUGUCACAUUUUACAACAAGCUAGAGAAUUAAUAUUUAUGAAUACAACAGCAAGUCUUGAUAUGAAACAACUCAAACUUUCACAAAAGCCUUAA